AUUACCAGUUUAGAACAUGGCUCACUUCGACUCUGGGACAUGGAUAGUGGUACUUUGUUCAGGACUUCGCACGCACGUUGUCUCGCAUAAUGAGCGUGUUCUUGAGAUCGCCGAGAAAGGGGGGGCGAGGUAAGUGGAAAUUCGUACCAGUCCUCUAUGAUGCGUCUCACUUGCGUCAAUUUCGUCUGAGACCAUCAUCUGUGAACAACAUUUCUGAUUUGUCUCACGAUGAUGGUGUCAGGUGAAUUCAGAAAAUUUCCCCCCGGUCUGCAUAUUUCCUUUCGCGCUCUUCUCCGUUAGCUUCUUAUUCCGUAUAACCAUGCCGAACAUGAAACCUACUACUUCAUCGUUGAUUGCACUACACGGUUCAUGCCCCUCUUCAGAUAGAAGUUCAAGCUCGUCGGACUUCAUCAAACUGGACUCGCGGCAUAUGGCUGGGGACGACGUGAAACUGAAGCUGCGUCCGGUCUGUAUCGCCAUGAAGAAGGCGGCGACUGUCAUCCAUGCUCGACCCCACACGUUGACGGCUGCUGUGAAGACGAUGACUCGGGCUCUUACUGGCUUUAGGAAAGGGAGGUUGGAUAAAGAGGAGGUCUGCAUGGCUAGUCCUCAUCGAGAUAUGUUUAGGAGGAGGACUUCAGUCAGGAUCAGGCCAGAAGAGCCGUUCUACAGCCUUCCAAACCUAUACUUCUCCGUGCACACUCUACCUAUGGAAAAGACUGUUGGACAUCACGCGGGAAGAAGGAUCACAUCCAGGUCACCGUCCUCGAUCGUCCAUAGACAUAAACGAUCUCGUAAGCCACGCUGUCGAACCACUUUCGAUGUGACGGAAUUCGUUGAGGCCGUUGCGCCAUUAUUGUCACCUGCGCCCUCGUCGCUACCUGUGCCCUCAUUGCCAUCUGCGGCCGCGCACGUCCCUCUCGCUGAUCCCACCCCUGAAGAGCGUGAAUCAUCCCAGCGCAUUCCAGGCUAUCUCGAGUCCACACAGGGUAUUCGCCGCUUUGCGCACUGGGCCGACUGCGCAUUCCAUCACACCAUGGUCUUCCUAGCGCUCGUCGUCGCGCUCGUGUGGUACAAGGCUGAUGUGGGCGUUCCGGUGGCUUGUGGGCUCAUGUCCAGGUUCAUGUAUGUUUGGUCGGGCUUCCAGUUGGACUCCAGAUUGAGAUGAUCGACAGAGUUUGUACUUGUUGGCGAAGGGUCGGCGUUUGCGAACCACACGGCGCUUAUUAAAGGUUGU